AUGGCACCCAAAAAAGACAAGCAAAAAGAGUCAACCAGCCAAUCUAAGCCAUCUAAGUUGCCUUCCCAGUCACUCCGAAUACUCCCUUCAUCUAUGAGUCAAAAUAAGCCAGAAAAUCCCAAGCAGGUGGUCCCUUACCCAGGCCACCCACCAAUCUCAGUUGCCACACCGAUCUCAGUUGCCAAUAGAUUCUCUGCCUUAGGUUCUACAGUUGGCCAAAUACGCCCCAGUUAUCAGUCGACCCUAAUCUCUAGUUAUGAUCCUUUUUCAGCUGAUCCUUCAGCUGGUCCCUCAGUUGCCUUCAAAAAAAGAUGCCACCCACCAAUCUCAAUUGCCACACCGAUCUCAGUUGCCAAUAGAUUCUCUGCCUUAGGUUCUACAGUUGGCCAAAUACGCCCCAGUUAUCAGUUGACCCUAAUCUCUAGUUAUGAUCCUUUUUCAGCUGGUCCUCAGUUGCCUUCAAAAGUCAUCUCCUUAUAUGCCCAAAAAUACAAAGUUCCUUGGAUCCUCAAAUGGUCCUACAAAGUUGCCAGAGAUACUACCAGAGUUCUUGCCCGCCAAUUCUCAGUUAAAUGGUGGAACAAAUUUGAAGUUGACAGAAUUGCCAAAUAUGUAUACAAUGAUCUGCCCCAAGAGCCUAUUCCGCAUCCAGUUUCCCCCACUGGUUCGACCCGAUCUUCUCUCUCAGUCGAAGGAAAAUCGAAGUCUGAACUCCAAGAAAUUGCCUGCCAGUUAAUCAUCCAAGCCUCUCAGAUGGAUGAUGAUGAAGACAAUGAUUCCCCUUCAUCGUCCAGCUGUCAGCCUAUGCAAAGCCCUGCCAAGAAAAAGUCUUGGUAUGAAGAUAGUCAAGAUCCAUACGAUGCUUAUGAUUUGGAUUCUGACUAA